GUAUUUUAAUUAAAAGAGGAAAAAGAGAAAUCAAUGAUGGAGGUUAUGGAGAGAGGGAUUAAUGUUUAUUUUUGAUGGAUGUUGUAGAUGGAGAUCAUAGACCGUAGGAUGAUGGUUUCAUUUGUCCCAACAAAUGGUGAACACAUGUGGGAGACCCAAACAUAGAGAGGGACACAUAGCUCUUUCUCUCUCCCUAUGGUGUGAGUGUUUUUUAAGAGGGUCUCUUUCGGGUGGCUUGGCUUCCUUGUCACAAUAGAACCACAGAGAAUAGAGAAUUCAGAAAGGAAGGGGGGUUUGGUUUUGGGCAUGGAUGAUCAUGAGAAGGAGGUGCAUGUGAGAGAGGAGGAUGAAGAGGUGGGUGAGGAAGAAGAGGAUCAAGGAGUGGUGGGUUCCAGCUUGACCUUGGAGAGGGUGGCUGUGGCCAAACAAUUCAUUGAGAAUCAUUACAGGGCUCAGAUGAAGCAUAUCCAAGAACGCAAGCAGAGGCGUUCAGUGCUACAAAAGCUGUUAGCAUCUUCUCAAGUACCAGAAGAGGAACAGAUCAAUCAAUUGAAGGAUUUAGAGCGCAAGGAAACUGAGUAUAUUCGAUUAAAAAGACAUAAAAUAUGUGUUGAUGAUUUCGACCUUCUAACUAUUAUAGGCAGGGGAGCCUUUGGGGAGGUAAGACUCUGUCGGGAGAAGAAAUCAGGCAAUAUAUAUGCCAUGAAAAAGUUGAAAAAGUCUGAAAUGCUCAGCAGGGGACAGGUUGAGCAUGUUAGAGCUGAAAGGAAUGUACUUGCAGAAGUUGCUUGUGACUGUAUUGUGAAGCUCUAUUACUCUUUUCAGGAUGCUGAGCACUUAUAUCUCAUUAUGGAAUAUUUACCUGGUGGUGAUAUAAUGACUUUGUUGAUGAGGGAAGAAACUUUGACUGAAAUUGUUGCUAGAUUCUACAUUGCUCAAAGUGUUUUGGCCAUAGAGUGUAUUCAUGAACAUAACUACAUUCAUCGAGAUAUAAAACCCGACAACCUUCUUUUGGACAAAAAUGGUCACAUGAAGCUGUCUGAUUUUGGUCUUUGCAAGCCACUUGACUGCUCGAAUCUAUCAUCUAUUAAUGAAAAUGAAAUCCUGGAUGAUGAAAACUUGAAUGAUACCAUGGACGUUGAUGGAACCUCAAAUGGCAGAAAUGGUAGGCGCUGGAAAAGUCCAUUUGAACAACUUCAACAUUGGCAAAUAAACAGGAGGAAGUUGGCAUUUUCCACUGUUGGAACACCAGACUACAUUGCUCCUGAAGUGUUACUGAAAAAGGGUUAUGGUGUGGAGUGUGACUGGUGGUCUCUUGGUGCUAUAAUGUAUGAGAUGCUUGUUGGUUAUCCUCCAUUUUACUCUGAUGAUCCCGUAACAACAUGCAGAAAGAUUGUGUACUGGAAAAACCACUUAAAAUUUCCAGAGGAGGCCAGAUUGACACCUGAAGCCAAGGAUCUAAUAUGCAGGUUGCUUUGUGGUGUUCCACAAAGACUUGGUACCAGAGGAGCAGAUGAAAUUAAAGCUCAUCCUUGGUUCAAAGAUGUUGUAUGGGACAAGCUCUACGGAAUGGAGGCAGCAUUUAAACCACAAGUCAAUGGAGAGCUUGACACUCAGAAUUUUAUGAAAUUUGAUGAGGUUGAACUACCAAAACAAAGUAGAGGUGGAUCUGGACCCAUCAGAAAGAUGCUCUUAACUUCUCAAGAUCUCAAUUUUGUUGGUUAUACAUAUAAGAAUUUUGCUGCAGUCAAGGGGAUGCGUCAGUCUACUGAACAGGGGAGCUUGUCACCAAAGCGGUCAUCAAUUGACUCCACACAGAGUGAUUCUGCAGUAGACUACUCCACCUGAUACUCGAUGGACACCACAACCCUUUGGGAAUGCCUUUUCUCUUGUGAACAGUGACCCAACUUUUGUCUUUUUCCAUGUAUAUACCUUCUUUUGUAACAUAUAGAUGGAGCUUCUCUGAUGAUGGUGAGUAAGCCUGCUUAUUUUCCAACCCAGUUGCUUUACUUUCAAUGACAACAGCCACCUAUCAUGCAGAGCACGGUGUACAGGAAUAUCUGCGUUUGAUGUCAAAGUACAUAUAUAUUUGUAAAUUUGUCACUGUGUCAUGACCUCUAGUGCCAGGUUGACAAAGAAACACGUGCCACCACUUGUGGCAAAUUCUGCCCCCUUUCUCCCAAUUCACCUUGUUCUGUAGUCAACGAAGUUAAGUAUUCCCCUAAUGGUACCUUGAUUCCAACAACCUUUUGCUUUCGUCAAUUUUGAUGCAGUUCAAGUUGUUGAGUUACGAGAAUGUAAUAUGUUGACAUAAUAAUAAAAUCAAGUGGAAUCGAGGCAAUUCUCAUUCUGAU